ACGCUCAGCGGGUGCUGGGAGUCCCGCCCGCGGACGCCAAGCGUGGCAAGAUGGCGGUGGAGGCGGAAGUGAAUGGAGCGGUUCCAGUGGCUGAUUUCUGAUGAUCAGUCCUGUCCACAAGAAGUGAGCUGGCAAGCCUGCUUUUCUACAGUAAAACUAAGGAGCUGAUUGGCACCAUGAGGGUCUUCUGCGGGCGAGCCAAUCCGACCACGGGAUCCAUGGAGUGGCUGGAGGAGGAUGAGCACUAUGAUUACAAUCAGGAGAUUGCAAGAUCAUCCUAUGCUGAUAUGCUACAUGACAAAGACAGAAAUAUAAAAUAUUACCAGGGUAUCCGGGCUGCUGUGAGCAGGGUGAAGGACAGAGGACAGAAGGCCUUGGUUCUUGACAUUGGCACCGGCACUGGACUCUUGUCAAUGAUGGCGGUCACGGCAGGUGCCGACUUUUGCUAUGCCGUUGAGGUUUUCAAGCCUAUGGCUGAUGCUGCUGUGAAGAUUGUGGAGAAAAAUGGCUUCAGUGAUAAGAUUAAGGUUAUCAACAAGCAUUCCACUGAGGUGACCGUAGGGCCAGAUGGUGACAUGCCAUGCCGUGCCAACAUCCUGAUCACGGAGUUGUUUGACACAGAACUGAUUGGGGAGGGAGCACUGCCCUCCUAUGAGCAUGCACACAGUCAUCUCGUGCAGGAAAAUUGUGAAGCAGUGCCUCAUAGAGCAACCGUCUAUGCACAGCUGGUAGAGUCCAGAAGGAUGUGGUCGUGGAACAAGCUGUUUCCCAUCCGUGUUCAGACCAGCCAUGGAGAGCAGGUCAUCAUCCCCCCCUUGGAACUGGAGAGGUGCCCUGGGGCACCCUCUGUUUAUGACAUUCAGUUGAACCAGGUGUCGCCCACUGACUUCACUGUCCUCAGCGACGUGCUGCCUAUGUUCAGUGUGGACUUCAGCAAGCAAGUCAGUAGCUCAGCAGCCUGUUAUAGCAGGCAGUUUGAACCUCUGGCGUCUGGCCGAGCUCAGGUGGUUCUGUCCUGGUGGGACAUUGAAAUGGACCCUGAGGGGAAGAUCAAGUGCACCAUGGCCCCCUUCUGGGCGCAGUCAGACCCAAAGGAGCUCCAGUGGCGGGACCACUGGAUGCAGUGUGUGUACUUCCUGCCACAAGAGGAGCCCGUCAUCCAGGGCUCAACCCUCUGCCUGGUAGCCCACCACGACGACUACUGUGUUUGGUACAGCCUUCAGAGGACCAGCCCCGAAAAGAACGGGAGCAUCCACCAAGGGCGUCCCGUGUGCGACUGCCAGGCUCACCUGCUCUGGAACCGGCCUCGGUUUGGAGAGAUCAACGAUCAGGACAGAACUGAUCAAUACAUCCAGGCCUUGAGGAUGGUGCUGAAGUCAGACAGUGUCUGCCUGUGUGUCAGCGACGGCAGUCUGCUCUCCAUGCUGGCCUAUCACCUUGGGGCAGAGCAGGUAUUUACAAUAGAGAGUUCAGCAGCUUCUCACAGACUGAUGAAAAAAAUUUUCAAGGCUAACCACUUGGAAGAUAAAAUUAAUAUAAUAGAGAAACGGCCUGAAUUAUUAACAUCUGCAGACUUGGAAGGUAAAAAGGUCUCUCUCCUCCUGGGGGAGCCGUUCUUCACCACUAGCCUGCUGCCAUGGCACAACCUGUUCUUCUGGUACGUGCGGACCGCCGUGGACCAGCACCUGGGGCCUGGCGCCGUGGUGUUGCCCCAGGCUGCCUCGCUGCAUGCUGUGGUCGUGGAGUUCAGGGACCUGUGGCGGAUCCGGAGCCCCUGUGGUGACUGUGAAGGCUUUGAUGUGCACAUCAUGGAUGACAUGAUUAAGCGUGCCCUGGACUUCAAGGAGAGCAAGGAAGCUGAGCCCCACCCGCUGUGGGAGUACCCGUGCCACAGCCUCUCCGAGCCCUGGCAGAUCCUGACCUUUGAUUUUCGGCAGCCAGUUCCCCCGCAGCCUGUCCGUGCUGAGGGCUCCAUCGAGCUGAGGAGGCCUGGUAGGAGCCAUGGGGUCGUCCUGUGGAUGGAAUACCACUUGACUCAGGACAGCACGGUCAGCACUGGCCUCCUGAAGCCUGCAGAGAACAAGGAGGACUGUUGCUGGAACCCCCACUGCAAGCAGGCUGUGUACUUCUUCAGCUCCACACUGGACCCUAGAGCACCGCUGGGCGGCUCUCGAACAGUCAGCUACGCUGUGGAGUUCCACCCCCACACUGGAGACAUCACCAUGGAUUUCACACUCUCAGAUGCUCUGGAUGAUGGGCACUGACCCUCACUUGUUGAGAAAUAAAGUGGCCCAAGGGCUCCUGAAUGGUGUGGCUUUCUGGGAAGGAAAGUGAAGGUGCCUCUCCUUUCAGGGCCCAGCCUGGCCUUUUUUUUUUUGCUUUUUUGCACUGCCGGCUCCUCACUCCAGCUAUGGGCUGCUGGCUGAAUUUGGAGUCGAGGAGGGGCCAGGGAGCUCACCAUGUGGUGGUUCUGAAGUGCUCAGAAGCUCGAAGGCUGCACUCUCCCUCCUGCCCUCCCUGGAAAGGAGUGGAGCCCUGUAGUCAGCUGGGCUGGGCAGGGUGGGUGCUGCUCUCGGCUGCACAGUGCUGAGGUGGGUGUGCUGCUCGUGGUGGGAGCCGGCCUGGCCUGCACUCUGGGAACCUCUGGGACCCGCCUGGCUCCAGCUAGGAGGGCUUCUAGGGGCGGAGAUGAUGACUCUUGGCUGGGCCCCAGGCCUUGAAGGCCCUGGCAGGGCCGGGUUCAGGGUGGGGUUCUGGCCCUUUCACUUGCUGGGUAACGUCACCAAGCCACAUUCCUAAGUGUCUGGCCUCAGUGUGCAGCACCAGCAGGUGACCAAGACUCGACACCUAGACACCAGGUUGCUGUUGAGAGGACAGGGAGGAGGCUGUCCCAAAGCAGUUCCUGAGAUGUAGAUCCAGGAAACCAGCCAUCAAGAGAGAGAACCAGAAGGUACAGCCUUUUCCCGUGUACCUUCCUUUUAACGAAGGACCUCCCACUACCUCAGAAGUCUGGGGCAGAUGGGUACGGUGCAGCCACCCCAGCCUGGCCUUGCCUUGCCUUGCCAGGGAAGGCCAGAGAGUCCUGAGGAGGCCCCAGCCUUGCUUCUCCCCACACUCAAGGUGCCUUUUUGCUGUUUCCUCCCAGUUCCAGAGGGAACAAGGAGACACCAAGUAAGAGAACCCAAGUGGCUUGGUUUCCUGCCGGUGCAGGGCAGACAUGGGCUGUGCCCAUCCUGCAGGGCGAGGCAGGAAAGGCCGGCCCCCCCCAGCACUGCCCCCACAGCCCCACU